AUGCUAACUCCGGACCACCAGUGCGCCACUUCAGCGGGACAAUGCGUUCGCAUCAUUAAGAGCGCGUGCGCACGCAGCUGGCUCAGCUCCGCCAAACACUUGCCCUUGCGCGUAGAGGUUGCUGUUGUUCCGGAAGUGGCGUCGAGUGGCGAUAAUUUGUUCUCGAUCUGCGUUUGUUUCCAAGAAGGGUUGAUGCAGGCGGCCGGUCGUAAUCUACUACAACAUGAUUCACAUAUUGUCCUGAACCCACCUAAGUGGGAUGAGGAGUGUGAUGUUAUUAGACCGCGAGUAGGA